AUGGCGAACGUAAUUCCCAUUUACAAUUUUGCCCUUCCCGCAUUCGCCUAUUUACUCCUACUCCUAUCCUCCACCGCCGCCGCGAUCAACGUCACCGUCGUCCUCUCCUCUUUCCCCAAUCUCUCCACCUUCUCUAACCUCCUCGUCUCCUCCGGCAUCGCCGCUGAGCUCUCCGGCAGAAACUCACUCACACUCCUCGCCGUUCCCAAUUCUCACUUCUCCUCCGCCUCUAUUGACCUCACGCGCCGCCUGCCUCCUUCCGCCCUCGCAGAUCUCCUCCGCUUCCAUGUCCUUCUCCAGUUCCUCUCCGAUUCCGAUCUCCGUCGUAUCCCACCUGCAGGCUCCACCGUCACCACUCUCUACGAAGCCUCCGGCCGUGCAUUUCUCGGAUCCGGAUCCGUUAACGUGACCCGAGACCCGGCGUCAGGAUCCGUCACGAUCGGAUCCCCAAACUCGAGAAACGUCACCACCGUACUAAAGCUCCUCGAAACCAAACCUCCGAACAUAACCGUCCUCUCCGUUGACUCUCUCCUCGUCCCCGCCGGAAUCGAUAUCACCGCAUCGGAGACUCUCACUCCGCCGCCGACGUCGGGGACGUCUUCUCUCGCUCCUCCUCCGGCGGGAAUCAACCUCACGCAGAUACUAAUCAACGGCCACAACUUCAACGUCGCUCUCUCCCUCCUCGUCGCCUCCGGAGUCAUCACCGAAUUCGAGAACGACGAACGCGGCGCCGGAAUCACCGUCUUCGUCCCAACCGACUCCGCUUUCUCCGAUCUCCCCGAUAACGUCAACCUCCAGUCGUUGGCGGCGGAUAAAAAAGCCGUCGUGCUCAAAUUCCAUGUCCUCCACUCGUAUUACACACUCGGAUCUCUCGAAUCGAUAACCAACCCGGUUCAACCAACAUUAGCCACUGAGGAAAUGGGAGCCGGUUCGUACACUCUCAACAUUUCUCGGGUUAACGGGUCGAUCGUAACGAUCAAUUCCGGUUUGGUUUUGGCCGUUGUGACGCAAACCGCAUUUGAUCAGAACCCGGUUUCUGUCUUCGGAGUAUCCAAAGUGCUUUUACCUAAAGAGCUGUUUCCGAAAUCGGGCCAACCCGUGAGUCCCGCUGCUACGACAACUCCUCCACAUGAGAUUUCUUUGUCGCCGAGGGGUUCUGAUGAACAGCCGUCGUCGCGAUUUGUAUCGCCACCGGGUGAGGUAGUUCCCUCCGGCGUGGUGAAAAGGACACGUGGUUUCUUGGCUUUAUGGUGGUGGUGGUGUAUAGCAUUUUGUUAUGUUUUGGUAUGA